CGCGCAGGAAGUUUAAACCGCGCAGCACUGACAGCGGCUCCGUUUGAACCCGUAUAAACAUUCGUCAAUUACAAGGUGCAGUCAUGGCAGAGGGGUCAGUGAUGCAGUUGGGACCGUCUGUGGACUCACACACAGCCGAUCAGAGUGGGACACACCUGAGCGGAAGGGUGGGGCUUCAGGAGGAGGGCGGAGCCAGCCAGUGGAGUGCGUACUGCAACGAGCUGCUGAUGAGAGGAGGAGAGGAGUUCAGCUUCGAGGAGCUCCGAGCCCAGAGAUACUUUCAGCAGAGGCAGGGGGAGAUGGAUGAGAGACUGAAACAUCUGAAGGAGGUGAAGGAGCAGCUGAGUGUCGAGCUGGAGGAGAAGAGGAGACUGUUACUGCUGAGGACCUCACAACAACAGGUGCUUCCUGAAGCCCCCCCCUCUCAGAGCAGAGACUCAGGUCCAGCUGCAGCCCCCUCCUUCCAGAUCUACGAUGAGUCCCCGUCUGCUGCUGCACGGCCUGCUGGGAAUUCUGAGCUGCAGGACGACGUCUUCCUCCGUCCUGACGAGAGAGGACUGUGUCUGAAGGUCCACUGUCCCCGACCAGAUGAUCGCAGAGGGAUGCCUGAAGACCUCCAGACUCUGGACUCCUGUCCCCGCUCCGUCCCUCAGAAACCAGUCUCCAAAGUCACGAAGAACCUGAGUCCCAUACAGGAGACCAGUGUGGAGGCCAACUCCCUGACCUCAGUGGACCAGGACCAGGACCAGAACGCUCCAUCACCUGGACCUGUUGGGGGCGCCUUGGAUCCCUGUGACCCGGACGUUCGGCGGCGGCUGUUGGACCGCUGUGAUGUCACUUCCUCUCCUGGUUUUCACUCUGAAUCCCGGCCCCUCCCUCCUGUGUGCGGCUGUCUGCAGCUUGAGGGCGAAGUGUAUCGUAUCUACUCCAGAGUGGUGGAUGGAGGGAGUUUCUCCAUCUAUAGUGGAGCUACAGAGGAAGACUGUGUGUUAAUCAAGGUGGACAGCUGCUGCGUUCCCUGGGAUUUUCAUCAGUUUAAUCGCCUGAAGAAGAGCUCCGCCGCCGCCAGCCUCCCUCUGAUCAGCUGUUUCCUGUUCCUGGACGGAUGCGUCACUGUCUACACAUGUCCACCUGAUCACAUUUUCACUGAGCUCACAGAGUGUGUAUCCAGUGAUGACUCAGUGUGUCAUACAGCUGUUGUUCUGCUGCAGCUGGUGUCUCAGCUUCACUCCUGCAGAGUGCUCCAUGCAGCGCUGCAGCCGAGACUCCUCACCUGUUCUCACAGAGGUCUGAUGUGUCCUGACUGGGUCUUCCCGGUGGACUGGUCUUCCUCUGUGGACCUGGACCUCCAGGACGUCACGUCGGUCCAGCAGCUGCCCUCAGCUCACACUUACAUCAGUAUGGGUCUCCUGGAGCCGACCGCCCCCCCACAGCUGGUGGACCUAGUGGGUCUGGCUGAAACUGUCCACCUCCUCCUGACCAACAGCAGGAUGGUCCUGGUGAAAGACGACGGCGGCUGGAUGGUAGAGCGGUUCAGUGGAGACGAUACCUGCGACAUGUUCUCCAGGAUGUGGAGGAUGUUUUUCCGCUCACUGCUGAACGCCGGCGGUCGCUCCUCAUUGUCCGUCCUGUCGGAGCUGAAGGAGCAGCUGUCAACACUUCACCACUGAAAUAUCAGCUGUUCAUUGUGUCUGCUGUUGAUCUUUAUAUCUGUGUUUAUAUCUGUUAUAUCUAUAUCUGUGUUUCAUGUCUAACUAAAUAAAAAAGUUGUUUUAUAGUAUUUUGUUGUUUUAAUUUCACCCAAAAAUAAG